ACUCGUCCGGACACUGCCAUGUUGGAUGGAGCGGGCUGCGGGCUCUCUCACGGACACACUUCCCAGGAAAGUUUUUAACGUUGAACGCCGUCUCCCAGCCGCUGCUCGACCGACCCAGUUUGGAAGCGCAGCGGGACACAGCACGGGUUUUUCUUAUAACGACGUACAUACUUCUCGUCUACCCGAGUCUCGGCGCCCCCCCCCCCCCCCCGGGAUAAAGCGAACCGGUGCGAAAGGGGGUCGCAGGAAGGCCACGGAUGACCGAGGGGACUGUUUAUGUAUCAUUGUGGAGCUCGUAGAACGAGUUAGAGUCGGUGCAUACUUUAUAAAAACCGAUCGCCAGUUAUGAGUGGACAUCCGCCGCAACGGCGGCAAUCAAAUGUCGGCUCCAUACUGCUGACCCCGCAGGAAAACGAGUGCCUCUUCAACCACCUCGGCAGGAAAUGCAUCUCAUUGUCUUCAGCAGUGGUCCAGGUGUACACAGCCGAUAGGAACUCCAGCUGGAACAAGAGAUGCUGCGGGGUGGCCUGUCUGGUCAAAGACAACCCGCUGCGCUCCUACUUCAUCAGGGUCCUUGACAUCAAGGAUGGCAAGACGACGUUUGAACAGGAGCUGUACAACAACUUCAGCGUCCACACCACCAAACCCUACUUCAUCACAUUUGCCGGAGAUUCAUGCCAAGUGGGUCUGAACUUUGCCAGUGAGGAGGAGACCAAGCGUUUUCACAACCAUCUGACGGAGCUAAUGGGGAAACGACAGAGGAAAAGCGAGAAGAGACGCGACCCUCCAAAUGGUCCCGCGUUGCCCAUGGCCACUGUCGACAUCAAAAACCCGGAGAUCAACAGUGUCCAUCGUUACCAUAACAACUCUCAGGUGAACAACAUUGUGCACUCCUCCUUCCCCAAGAGGGAGAAGAAGAGCAAGGGGAAGAAGAAGAGGCUGACCAAGGCGGAUAUCGGCACACCGAGCAACUUCCAGCACAUUGGGCACGUAGGAUGGGAUCCAAACACCGGCUUUGACUUGAAUAACUUGGACCCAGAACUAAAGAACUUAUUUGACAUGUGUGGCAUCUCCGAGGCUCAGCUGAAGGACAAGGAGACCUCGAAGGUCAUCUACGACUUCAUCGAGAAGAAAGGAGGCGUUGAGGCUGUCAAAAAUGAGCUACGGAGACAAGGUCCGCCCAGGUGGAGUGCUCCUCCACCUCCCCCAUCCAGAGGUGGCCCUCCGCCUCCCCCGCCCCCGCACCACAGUUCAGCCCCUCCUCCCCCUCCUCCGGCACGGGGGCGAGGUGCCCCACCACCUCCUCCCCCCUCCAGGGCCCCCAUCUCUACACUCCCUCCUCCCCCUCCAUCUCGGCCAGGCAUAUCAGCUCCGCCGCCGCCCCCUCCUCCAAGCCGGGGCUUUCUCCCGCCUCCCCCUCCGCCAGCUCAUGCCUCACUUCCUGUGGCGCCUCCGCCGCCUCCCCCUCCUCCCCCCUCAUCCUCAACUCCAUCCAGUACCGGUGCACCGCCGCCUCCCCCUCCUCCUCCCCCACCCCCUGGCCCACCACCCCCUGCUCCUCCGCUGCUCACGGAGGCUAACGGAGGGGACAGCAGCGUGUCCUCGUCCGUCGGCCCGUCGGCACUGCUGAAUCAGAUCCGAGAAGGCACCAACUUGAAGAAGGUGGAGCAGAAAGAGAGGCCAGUGUCCAACACUGGCAGGAACGCACUUCUGGACCAAAUCCGACAAGGAAUCCAACUUAAAGCGAGAGAUGACAACACUGACUCAACUCCUUCCACCCCAGCCCCCUCGGCAGGCAUUGUAGGAGCCCUGAUGGAGGUGAUGCAGCAGAGGAGCAAGGCCAUUCACUCUUCAGAUGAGGACGAUGACGAUGAAGAUGAUGAGGACUUUGAGGAUGAUGAAUGGGAAGACUAGUGAUUUGUUUGUUUUUUUGUUUUUCCUCCCUUUCCCAACUCCCGAAUGUUUAUGACACUAAAAAUUGUUCUCGUCUUUCUAAAAAGAAAUCUUUAAUUUCAAAAAUUAUAAAUGUAAAUGUUCUAGCAAUUUUGCUGUAUAUUUUUGUUGCCUUUGUGCUUUUUUUUUAUUAAUCUGUGCAAUACCUCAGUUAAUCUGUAAAUGUUUGUCAUUCUCAUAUCUUAGGUUUUUUUGUCCGUUGUCUUCAUCAUGUAUGUCCGUUAGCUCCAUCUCUGUAUCUCGAUAGUAAUAUGUCUCAUCUGUCAUUUUAACUGUCCUCUUUGUAUCUGUUUCUCCUCCUCCCACAUCCCCAUUGCUUCGAUGUUAAUCACCUCCAUCUGUCAUUCAGCCUCCCAUCGCACAUGUUCCCUUCUCGUCACUCGCCCAUAUUCCCAGUCCCUUGAUCAUCAUGUUCAAUUUUACAUCAAGUUUUUGUUUGUUUUUUCCUUUGGUCAGUGAUUUAAGGGAGGACUCGCAAAACAAGUUGCCACAAAUCCUUCAUAAAUCAUGUCAUCAUUGUUCGUCUGGAGAAAAAAAAAUUGAAAACUAUUUUCAUACCCAAUUGCUCUGUAGUUUAUUUGUACUUAUUCAAAUGAUCCUAGUUUAGCACUCAUAUUUUCUUAAAACAAAGAAGAGGAAGAAAAAAGAAAAUGAUCCUUUUUUUGGAAUAUUUAGCUUAAUUUUCUGUCUACUGUAAAUAUGCUCAAGAGUUUGAGUCUUGUUAUAUUUUUGCACAGAUAGAAAGUGGAGACUUGCUGAAUCAAUACAGGAUAUUUUCAGGUCUGUAUAUUCAUGGAACAUGAAUAUGCUUUAAGUAAUGGGGCAAAUUAAACAUUUUUAGCCGUUAACAAACCACACUACAUACAGUAAACACAUGGAGGUAGCCCACAUUCUUAUGACUGGCUAUCAAUUGUGAAUUGUAGUUUCUUUUUUGUCAUUCUCACACUACAGAUUCAGUUUUUGGGGUUUUUUGUUCUUUUUUACAGUAGCAAGCAGAAUGUUAAUAAAUGCCUGUUUGUUGGAAUCGGGUUAUUCAUCAUGUGAAGCUUGAGGAAUAAAGAUAUUUUAGUUUUACAUACCUGAUGCUUAUAAUGUGUCCAUUAGCUAAAUUACUGUACAGAUCAGCGGGACUAAAGUUGUAGACACUAAGUGCUUAUACAAUUAGGGACAACAGUUAGGUCCAUGGCAUUAUUCAAGCAGCUGUCAACAUUGUCUCGACUAACUACUUCAUGAGGUGAAACAUAGGAAGCGCUUCAAUAGAAGUCCAGCCAGUGGUCUAUUUCUCCCUGCUAAGAACUAAUAAUCCGAUGUCGACUUUGUAUUUUAUCCACAUAAAUAAUAUUUCCCCAAUUAUUUUUGGAAUAUGCUUUGUUCAAACAUGGAUUCGCCACAGAGCUAAGUAUUGUGAAUGCUAGAUUGUUCCAUCAGUCACGGGAAAAGAUGAAAUGGAGCGAGACAAAGUACAUCUGUCGCUUGUUUCUUACACUACAUUCUUACAUUAUGGCCUAAUGUGGAGACUAGAUGACCAAGUGUGGCUUGCGAACCAACCAGCGUCUGUCUUUAAAGCGAGACUACGUAACUUUUGCAAUUGCACGUGACAAUUAUUGUAAAGUGCCUAAUGCUCAAAUCUGCUGAAAUAGCAACUCCAAUUGAUGAUUGGUCAUCAUGAAGCAAUGUCCGUCUGUUGUCAGCUAACAUUGUCCAGCACAUGCUUACUGGUCUUACAAGUCCAAACAACACUGCACAGCUAAACCUCUGCGUGAAUUUAAAUAAAUAAGUGUAAAUUUUAUUUUAUUGGUUAAUUAAGAGGAAAAAAAAAUGUUAUUUAUUCUUCGAAAAGUUGCUUUGUCUCGCUUUAAAUCUCCACAUUGAAAUGCUAAGAGCUAAUCGGCAUAGCAGCCAUGUUAGCUUUACAGAAACCCACCAUGCUAACGAGCAGCAUGCUCAUACCGCUACCAAUAUUUUUGGGGUUAUAGAGGAGAAACAUGUAUCUCCCACAGUAUGACAACGGAAAGUGAAAAUGCCAGAAUUAAAUGCUGAAACGUCUCAACGCUCUUUUUUUGGUUGUUUUUUUGCUUCAGUUUUCCUGUUAGCCAAAAGAGGAACAUUGGCGUUCAAUACAAAUUGCCACUAGUUUGACCUCUUGCGUCGCAUAUCAAGAUACUUUAUUUGGGCCAUGUUUUCGCUGAUGUUGCUAUCUGUAGGUAACUCGGUUUAUGACAUAUAAAUGCCAAGCCCUAUCAAAGAGGCCUGACAAAAUUAUGAUCUCUUACAUUGUACACUCCAAUAAAAAGUUGAUAUUUACAUA